AUGGCGGCGGCCUCUAGUCUUCUUUUCCUCCGCGCAGGUUGCUGCUGGUCGCUGCUACCGGCGACUUGUAGAAGGGCCAAUGCACGAAGAAAGAUUACUGGAAACAGAGUUUAUUCUGGAAGUGCAUCCCUUCCAGAAGCAGCAGGAGCUGAUUCUCCGGGUUCUGAAGAAGUGGUCAUUCCAAAGAGAAAAAUUUGGGAUAAUGUUGCAGUUCUUCAAGCUCUUGCCUCUACCCUCCAGAGGGAUCCCACAGCUGCCCAUUACACAUUUCAAGAUGAUCCUUUCCUCACUCCAGUCUCAUCUUCAGAAGCUCGUAUGUUUUUAUUGGCAAGGGAUUCUGGAAAGAAUGCCGCAAGAUAUGUUAUUAACACAUAUCCCAAAUUUUUUGAGAAGGACAUAGCUGAACCUCAUAUACCGUGUCUGAUGCCCGAGUAUGUGGAACCUCAACUUGAGGACAGAAGCGAGGCUGCCCUUCAGGAGCGCAUCCGGCUUCGCAGAGUCAGAGCCUCUGUGGACAUGUUUGACCAUCUCCUUCAAGAAGGGACUUCUGUAUCUUUGGAGACAACAAACAGCCUCUUAGAUCUGUUGUGUUAUUAUGGUGAUCAAGAGCCCCCCAGAGAAGACCAACCUCAUCAAAUUGAUGAAUCAGAAGAAUUGGAGGAGGCACAAGAAAAGCUGACAAAGAAGGGGUGGAGACGGAAAGCAGUGGCACAGUCUGGGAUUACCUGGAGAACAAACAACAAUGCUGAAAGAAUUUUCAAUCUAAUGCCAGAGAAAAAUGCACAUUCCUAUUGCACAAUGAUCCGAGGAAUGGUCAAGUAUCAAGCCUGUGAGAAGGCGUUUAAGACGUACACAGAUUUACUGAACAACCGGCUCAGCGCUGAUGUUCAUACGUUCAAUGCACUGAUUGAAGCAUCGGCCUCAGUGAGAGAUAGAUAUGAAGAAAAAUGGAAUCUUAUAUUGGAUUUGUUGAAGCAGAUGAUUGAACAAAAGGUGAAACCAAAUCUUCAGACAUUUAAUGCCAUUCUUCGAACCCUUAGGAAAAUGGGUUCCUUUGGGAAAAUUCCUGCCUUACAGACCCUGUGUGAAAUGAAAGCCCUCGAGAUAGAACCUUCACUUGCAACAUAUCACUAUAUUCUUGAGAUAUUUUACAAAGUAGGCCCAUCUGUCAAAAUCUCCCCUAGUCAGAUCGCUGAUAUCUUGAGAGAGCUCAAAGGGAAGAAGUUAUGUGCACAGGACCUGGAUGAUGACAAGUUUUUUCCAUCCGCUAUGAAGGUGUGCUUCAUGCUGAAAGACCUUGACCUUGCCUACCAAGUCCAUGGCCUUGUAAGGACAGGCGACAAUUGGAAGCUGAUUGGGGAUCCCUUUCAAAGUCUCUUCUAUUAUCAGAAGUUCUUCAGCUUGUUGUGCCUCAUGGAGCAAAUUGAUGUCACUCUGAAGUGGUACAAGGAGCUGAUUCCUUCUGUCUGCUUUCCCCACUCCUACCUCAUUCUGAAUCUUCUCCAGGCCCUGGAUGUGGGGAAUCGAUUAGAGAUGAUCCCUGAGAUCUGGAAGGAUUGCAAAGAAUUUGGUCUGAGUAAAUGGAAUAAUGUGAGGGAGGAGAUCCUGGAGCUGAUGGCCAGAGAGAAGCAUCCUCCGGAGGUCCAGGAAGCAUUUGCCAACUGUGCUGCUGAUAUUAAAUCUGCAUACGAAAAUGAAGACGGGAGCAAGCUGGUAUCAGAGUGGCCCUCUGCCCCCAUGAACUGUAUCACCCUCCUCCUCCUUCGAGGGGGCAGGACCCGGGAGGCCUGGCAAAUGUUGGAGUAUUUCAAGAAGCAAAACAAAAUCCCCCGAACUGAGCUGAUGAAUGAAUUCAUGGACAGUGCAAAGGAAUGCCACAAUUCUGCCCAGGCUGUACACUUGGUAGAAUUGGCCCAUGCGUUGAGCUUAGCCAUUUGUGAGCCCCUCACCCAGAGGGUGCUGGCUGAUUUCGAAGUCUCCGAGGAACAGAAAAAAGCCCUAGAAGCCCUUUCUGUGACAACCAGCGACAGCGAGAGCAGCGACAGCGGCAGCAACAGCAGCAGCGACAGCGAGUGAGGGCCGAUGAAGGACUUUGCUCCCCGGUGCAUCUGAAGCCGGAUAGGGCAGUGAUGGUGGUGGUAGGGGCUACAGGAAUAAAGAUGCUCCUCCCAAA